AUGGCUGGCGCGGACGAGACUCUCGCGGCCGCGACUGCCGUGCUACAGUCUUUGGCGAGAGAAGAAUCCACCACCGGCUCCUCUUCGCCUCCCUUUGAUUUUCAAUUCCCAUCUUCAAAUGGCGCGAAAGCGUCCCAUCUUCCCGGAGAUCCCACCGCUGCAAAGGCCGCCUUCGAAACCGAGUUAGAGGCCUUGGUGCGCCGCGUGCAUCACCUGGAAUUCCAAGCUGUCAGUCAUCACAAGUUCCCCGACGACCCCCAACAGGCUACUCUGUCUGUCCUCGGAUCCAACGAGAAGAACCCUGAUUUUCUGUGGACCUUUGGGCUCGAUCGCUUGUCGUCCGGUCAAGGUUCUGACUCUUCUUAUUGCCUUACACAGCAGCAAAAUUCGAAUCAACCCGAUCGGAGACAACAAACCCCCUCGGGUCCCGAGGAACCACCCGCCGGAGAUUUUGACGACGACGAAACUGAUGAGGAGGAUGAGACUGGAUCCGGCACCCGUGUCGUUAGAGAAGAGGAUAUCAGUAUCCUACGCAACCAUGUUCAGAAACAAGCCGAGGAAAUCAGCUACCAAAAGGAUAUAAUCGCCCAGGUUCGUGACGAGUUACUCAAGCAGGAAGAGCACACCCGUCGUGCUCUCAUCAAAGUCGAAAAUGAGGACGUUGUUCUUUUGGAACGUGAGUUACGGAAACACCAACAAGCCAACGAGGCUUUUCAGAAAGCGCUACGAGAAAUUGGAGGCAUCAUCACCCAGGUCGCCAACGGUGACCUCUCGAUGAAGGUGCAGAUUCACCCCUUGGAAAUGGACCCGGAAAUUGCUACAUUCAAACGUACGAUCAACACUAUGAUGGACCAACUGCAGGUAUUUGGAAGUGAAGUGUCUCGAGUUGCCCGUGAGGUCGGAACCGAAGGAAUACUUGGUGGACAAGCUCAAAUCACUGGUGUGCAUGGUAUCUGGAAGGAACUUACUGAAAACGUGAACAUUAUGGCCAAGAACUUAACGGACCAGGUGCGAGAAAUCGCAACUGUAACAACUGCUGUCGCCCACGGUGAUCUUUCUCAGAAGAUCGAGAGUCGUGCUCAAGGUGAAAUUCUGGAACUGCAACAAACUAUCAACACCAUGGUGGAUCAACUUCGAACAUUUGCAACGGAAGUAACGCGUGUAGCCCGUGAUGUCGGUACAGAAGGAGUACUCGGUGGUCAAGCUCAAAUUGAAGGUGUUCAGGGAAUGUGGAACGAACUCACGGUAAAUGUCAACGCCAUGGCCAACAAUCUUACAACGCAAGUACGAGAUAUCGCGACCGUUACCAAGGCUGUCGCCAAGGGUGACUUGACGCAGAAGGUGCAAGCCAACUGUCGAGGAGAGAUUGCGGAACUUAAAGAUAUUAUCAAUUCCAUGGUGGACCAACUGCGACAAUUUGCCCAAGAGGUCACGAAAAUUGCGAAGGAGGUCGGUACAGAUGGUGUUCUGGGAGGUCAAGCCACAGUCAAUGAUGUCGAAGGCACGUGGAAGGACUUGACAGAAAAUGUGAACCGUAUGGCCAACAAUCUUACCACUCAAGUGCGUGAGAUUGCGGAUGUCACCACUGCUGUCGCCAAGGGUGACUUGACUAAGAAGGUUACGGCCAACGUACAAGGUGAGAUCCUUGAUCUCAAGAGCACGAUUAACGGCAUGGUGGAUCGUUUGAAUACCUUCGCUUUCGAGGUUAGCAAAGUCGCCCGUGAAGUCGGUACCGACGGAACCCUUGGUGGCCAAGCCAAGGUGGACAAUGUGGAAGGAAAAUGGAAAGAUCUUACCGAUAACGUCAACACCAUGGCCCAGAAUUUGACCUCUCAAGUGCGAAGUAUCUCGGAUGUCACUCAAGCUAUCGCGAAGGGUGAUUUGAGCAAGAAGAUUGAAGUGCAUGCACAAGGAGAGAUUCUCACCCUCAAGGUGACCAUCAAUCACAUGGUGGGUCGACUCGCUAAGUUCGCCACGGAACUCAAAAAGGUCGCUCGUGAUGUCGGUGUCGAUGGUAAAAUGGGUGGUCAGGCCAACGUGGAGGGUAUUGCAGGAACUUGGAAAGAAAUUACCGAGGACGUCAAUACUAUGGCUGAAAAUCUUACGUCUCAAGUGCGUGCAUUUGGUGAAAUCACAGAUGCUGCCACGGACGGUGAUUUCACGAAAUUGAUUACCGUCAAUGCCUCUGGUGAGAUGGACGAGCUGAAGCGCAAGAUCAAUAAGAUGGUUUCCAACCUUAGAGACAGUAUUCAGCGAAACACUGCAGCCAGGGAAGCUGCCGAGCUUGCCAAUCGCACCAAAUCCGAGUUCCUCGCCAAUAUGUCCCACGAGAUUCGAACUCCUAUGAACGGUAUCAUUGGUAUGACACAACUUACGUUGGAUACCGAUGACCUAAAGCCUUACACACGUGAGAUGUUGAACGUGGUGCAUAACCUGGCCAACAGCUUGCUCACCAUCAUUGACGAUAUACUCGAUAUCUCAAAGAUCGAAGCCAAUCGGAUGGUGAUUGAGAGCAUUCCUUUCACAGUGAGAGGCACCGUCUUCAAUGCUCUCAAAACAUUAGCUGUCAAAGCCAACGAGAAGUUCUUAAGCUUGACCUAUCAAGUGGAUAAUACAGUACCGGACUACGUUAUUGGUGAUCCAUUCCGUCUACGCCAGAUCAUACUUAACUUGGUUGGCAAUGCUAUUAAGUUCACUGAGCAUGGAGAGGUCAAGCUCACCAUUCGCAAAUCAGACCGUGAGCAGUGUACGACCAACGAGUAUGCCUUCGAAUUCUCUGUGUCGGACACCGGUAUCGGUAUCGAAGAGGAUAAGCUAGACUUGAUCUUCGACACUUUCCAACAGGCAGAUGGUUCUACUACUCGCCGCUUUGGUGGUACUGGUCUUGGUCUGUCUAUUUCUAAGCGUCUGGUCAAUCUGAUGGGCGGUGAUGUCUGGGUCACGUCCGAAUACGGACACGGAAGUACUUUCCACUUCACUUGCGUCGUCAAGCUUGCCGACCAAUCUAUCAAUGUCAUUGCAUCCCAACUCCUUCCUUACAGAAACCACCGAGUUCUAUUUAUCGACAAGGGUCAGAAUGGUACUCAGGCCUCCAAUGUCCUGAAGAUGCUCAAGCAAAUCGAGUUGGAGCCGUUGGUUGUUCGAAACGAAGAGCACGUUCCUCCACCAGAGAUCCAAGACCCCUCUGGAAAGGAAUCCGGUCAUGCGUACGAUGUAAUCAUUGUCGACUCCGUGGAUACAGCCCGUAUUCUGCGGACAUUUGACGAGUUCAAAUAUAUUCCGAUCGUUCUGGUUUGUCCUUUGGUCUGCGUUAGCCUGAAGUCGGCCCUCGAUCUCGGUAUCAGCUCAUAUAUGACUACACCAUGCCAGCCUAUUGACCUUGGUAAUGGUAUGCUGCCCGCACUGGAAGGCCGCUCUACACCAAUCACUACCGAUAAUUCUCGAUCCUUCGAUAUUCUUCUCGCUGAGGAUAACGACGUGAAUCAACAAUUGGCAAUGAAAAUUCUUCAAAAGCAUAACCAUAACGUAUUUGUUGUUGGCAACGGUCUGGAGGCCGUCGAAGCUGUCAAGAAGCGUCGCUACGACGUCAUUUUGAUGGACGUACAAAUGCCGGUGAUGGGUGGUUUUGAAGCUACGGGUAAGAUACGUGAGUACGAACGUGACAGUGGACUUCAGCGUACUCCCAUCAUUGCGCUCACAGCCCACGCCAUGUUGGGUGAUCGUGAGAAAUGUAUUCAAGCUCAGAUGGACGAGUAUCUGUCAAAGCCGCUUAAACAAAACCAAAUGAUGCAAACUAUCCUCAAAUGUGCCACACUUGGUGGCUCACUGCUGGAGAAGAGCAAAGAAUCUCGAAUUUCAAGCAGUGGGGAAAUGCAUCCUAUUCAUUCCUCUGUCUCCCAGGACCAGAACCAGCAACAGCAACAACCGCAACGAUCACAAAAGAUGCAACCCUUACCUACACCUCCUCGACCUGGUUUCGAGACUCGGUCUAUCACCACGUCCGGCUCUGUCGGUCGUGGAAAUGUUGUCAGCCCUGUCGAGGACAAGGAUGAAGAGAUGAUCGAUGAUCGGGUACGUUGA